AUGAGUCGAGAAUGUCCUGAGCUACGAAAAGAAAAUCGUGGUGGUUUCAGUUGUAGCGGCAGUCGUGGUGGGUUUAAUUCAGGUAACGGUGGAAGUCGUGGCGGAUUUAACUCAAGCGGUGAUGAUUGUAACGUGAAUUCCGUGCCGUCGGUAAAUGAUGGAACCUCAGCAAUGUGUACCAUAGUUCGUAAUUCAAGAAAUCCAAAUGAAGAUAAUAAUAAUCAUACAAAAGCAAGUUUUAGUGGUUGGCGAGGUGGUUCAGGAGGUAAAACAACCACUGCUAAUGAUGGCAAAGAGUUCAGUAGAAAUACAACAUUUGUUAAGUCAACCAUGCGUGGUGGCUUUAAUAAUGGUGGUAGUAGAUUUCGAGGUGGUCGAGGGGGAUUCACAUCAAGCGAUCGUGGUAAGAUAAAUUCAAAUAAAUAUGAAAAAUUUAAUUAUUUUAGUCUGAUAGAUAAUCGAGGCGGUAGUGGCAGCAAUUGUUACAAUUGUCAUAAACCUGAUCAUCAAUCUCGUGAUUGUCCUGAAGAAAGAAGACCUCGUGAUGGCGGUGGUAAUAGUUUCCAUAGUUCUGGUAGUCGAAGAAAUAAUAAUCGAAUUUCUGACGGCUUUUUCAAUCAACACGGUGCUUAUGCCGGUGCCCAACCAACUGAACAGUAUGUUCCACUGCCUCCACCAACAAUUGAAGAUGGUAUAUUUGGUGUAGCAGUUACCAGGGUUGAAAAUUUUGGGAAAUAUCACCAAACACAUGUUAAAUGUACACCUCCAGACAAAGUAAAACCAAUUGAAUUAUAUGAAGAAGCUAAUCUUGCUACACAAAUUUUAUCAAAUAUUCAUCGUGCUAAUUUUGAAGAACCAACAGGUAUUCAACGUUAUACAAUACCUUGUAUACGACAACAAGAUGAUAUAAUGGCUUGUGCUCAAACUGGAUCUGGUAAAACAGCUGCUUUUCUCUUACCAAUUAUUUCAAAUUUACUUGAAUAUCAUGCGGAUGAAUUAUCUGAAAGACUUCAUCCACCAUCACCACUUUGUCUUAUCGUUUCACCUACACGUGAACUUGCUUUACAAACAGAACGUGAAGCUAGAAAAUUUGCAUUUCAAACUGCUGUAAUACCUUCUACUACCAGUCGUCGCAAAGAUAUGGUUGAAAAAGGCCGAAUCUCAUUAAAAAAAGUUAAAUAUUUCGUUCUUGAUGAAGCCGAUCGAAUGUUAGAUACAGGUUUUCAACCUGAUAUACGUAAAUUAGAAGAUCUUGGUUUACCACCAAAAGAUGAACGUUUUACAUCAAUGUUUUCUGCAACAUUUCCAAAAGAAGUACAACAAUUAGCUAAACAUUUUCUACGUGAAAAUUAUGUUUUCCUUGCUGUUGGUAUACCUGGUGGUGCUAAUGAAGAUAUAGCACAAACAAUUGAAGAAGUACCACAAUCAAAAAAAAAAGAUCGUCUCUUUCAAUUGUUCGAACAACAUCUUAAAUCUGAACGUUGUUUAAUAUUUGUUGAAACAAAUCGAGCAGCUGAUUAUAUAGGUGCAUUACUUUCACAAAAACGAUUUAUGAGUACAACAAUCCAUGGUGAUCGAACACAAAGACAACGAAAUGAAGCUGUACAACAAUUUGCAAAUGGAAAAUAUUCAAUACUUGUUGCAACAUCAGUUGUUGCACGUGGUUUAGAUUUUCCUUUAACUGGUUAUGUCGUUAAUUAUGAUUUGCCGGAUACAAAUGAUUUUUAUGUUCAUCGUAUUGGUCGAACAGGUCGUGCUGGUCAUUUGGGUAAAUCAAUAUCAUUUUUUGAUCCAGAACGAGACUCUGAUCGAAAAAUUGCACCUGAACUUAUAUCAAAAUUAAGCGAAGCUGGCCAAACCGUACCUGAAUUUCUUAAAAAAUAUGCUACUGGUGACAGUGUUGACUUUUAUAAUGAUGAUCAUAAUUCACGAAAUGCUAAUGUAAUAUGUGCUCUAUAUAUAAUAAUUUUGAUGACUGAAAUCAAGCAAGUGGUUCCUACAGAUGGUUCAGCUUCGGCUGCUGCAGCUGCUGAUGAUUGGAAUUAA